AUGCCACUCUUCUCGGCACGCUCCGGUGUAAUGAAGCAAUUCGAUGCUCCAGAGUCGAAUAAAACGUGGGACUCAAAACCGCCCACUAACAAGAACAAAACUACAACCACCACAAAUGUGCGUCUCCACUCAGAUAGUGGACUGCCAACUCCACCUGGUACUAAACAAACAUCUGAUAGACUGGAAAUUCCGCUCCAAUCUCUAACGCCACUAAUCUGCCGCCUCUGGGCUAACUCCGCCCUAAAGUACGGCGUACCAAUCCUCUGCAUGUGCCCCAUCAUAUCCAAAAAGGCGGCACCAUCAAACCCACAGCCUGCGGCUGAACAAAACCCGCAGCCCUCUGCUGCACCUCUGCCACUGGAGGUACUCCCGGAGCCCCCUGUGGAACCACUGGCGGAAAACGAGCCAAUAACUGCGUCAGCAAACCCACCACUAAGUCAUCAAGACCCUGAGCCGGAGCACCACCCCACCCGGAGCAGCCCCCGCUCCCAAACCAACACUCGCAUCCACACUGGCCUCACUCGCCACGGAUACCGACUGGGUCACCGACGCAGUCGCCACACUAGGCGCCACACUCUCUCCCGAAUCCGCCGAAGUCCACGACCUCGGCCCCGGCCUCCACGGCCUCUAGCUCUGCCACCACGGCCUCGAGCACCGCGCCCUCUCGCGCCACAACCUCUAGCUACUCAGUCCAUCUCACUCAUGGAACCAAAAAGAGCACACUAG